CCUCGGCACGUGUUGCACUCGGAAUUGAGAACCCCUCACGUGCUGCCUUUGAGAUUUCUCCUACGCUGUCACAUCUUCCCCUCUAAAUACACAUCGGUUUCUCCUAGAGGGUGUUGACAGAAUGUAUCUCCAUGAUAUGACGAGAUGAAAUUCGGUUUGGAGGGAGGAAUCUCCCAUUCCGAUUCCGAUACUGGUUAGUCUUCAGCAUCCUCUGGGGCCGAAACCAAAUCCCGUAUCAAGCCUCAUCCCCCAAUAUCAUAAGAUAGGGCUUCAUUCUUUCUGGAGCAUUACAGCGUAGGAAAACGAGGUGUCGUGUAUAAACAGCGAUCAGUAUUGUUUACUGCGUGAAACAAAAUCCUGAGACACGACACUUGAUUGACUUUUCGGGUGACCCAUGGAAUGUUAACCAAAAUUUUCGGCGCCCAAAGUGCUGCCAAGCAUCACACUCGCCACAUGGGGUAUUGAGUAUUGAGCGGGUCAAACCGCUGGAAUGCUCUUCUCUUUGUACAACUGGACGAAGGAGAGGCUUUUCAACAGUAAUUGUAUCUACAUAGUAUGCUCAAAAGUAGUCUCAUCCUAUCAGACGAUGAAGAAUUUUGGGUCAAUUUCUCACUGGACCCCUUUUUGUAUACUCAGAUGUACAUCAUCGUAUUUAAUCAUUCCUCUACCCACAUUUACUUGGCAACAGCGUUGCUAUUUGCCAAAGCUGGGUUUUAGACCCACCGGUACCAAAAAGAGAUUGAUAUGGCCGUUGGUCAUUUUAUCAUGCUCAUACCAAAACGGAUUCUAUCCAAGAUCAAAGUCCCCCAGAACAUCAUAA